AUGCCUCUUCUCACCGAGAACCGCGCCCUGCGCAUCCUCGACCAUGCCUCCCAAAACCACUACGGCGUCCCAGCAAUGUGCUGCUACAACAUCGAAGGCAUCCUCGCCACCGUCCGCGCAGCCGAAGCCAAGCGCGCACCAGCCAUGAUCCUCCUCUUCCCCUGGGCAAUCCACUACGCCGACGGACUCCUCGUGCACGCCGCAGCCGAAGCAGCGCGCAAAGCCAGCGUGCCCGUAACCGUCCACAUGGACCACGCGCAAACGCCCGAGAUAAUCCGGUACGCGGCGGACCUGGGCGGGUUCGACAGCAUCAUGGUUGACAUGUCGCACUACGAGAAAGCGGAGAAUCUGGCGCUGACGCGCGAGCUGGUGGAGUACUGUCAUGCGCGGGGGAUAGCGACGGAGGCGGAGCCCGGACGGAUCGAGGGCGGGGAGGACGGGGUAGCGGACACGGCUGAUUUGGAGGGGCUGUUGACGACGCCUGAGGAGAGCCGGGAGUUUGUGGAUACGGGGAUUGAUUGGUUGGCGCCGGCUUUUGGGAAUGUGCAUGGGGAGUAUGGGGCGCGGGGGAUUCAGUUGGAGUAUGAGCGGUUGCGGUCGAUUAAUGAGGCGGUUGGGGGGCAGGUGAGGCUUGUGUUGCAUGGGGCGGAUCCGUUUUCCAAGGAGAUUUUUCAGAAGUGCAUUGAUUGUGGGGUGUCGAAGAUUAAUAUCAAUAAGGUGUUGAAUAAUGAGUAUGUGAAGGUUCAGGCGGAGAAGGCGGGGAAGGUGCCGUUGACUGCUUUGUUGGAGGAGGCGACUAAUGCGAUGCAGAAGGCUGUGGAGGGUUGUAUUGAUAUGUUGGGUGCUGGGGGGAGAUAUCCUUGA